AUUUUCGGCCAUGCCACAAUGGUUAUAAUUUUGGUCUUGUUGUUACUGAGUCUGUUGGAUACCAGUAAACAGGAAGCUUUGUCUCCGAGGCUGGCUAGCACUCCCCGGGCGCCUUGUGCCAGGGGCCAGGCGUGUGACCCAAGGCAGAGGAGAGAUGCGGGUGGACGCGGGGGAGUUUAUGAGCACCUCGGGGGAGCACCAAGAUGCAGAAAGCUGUACUGUGCCACGAAGUACCAUCUACAAAUACACCCCAACGGAAAAAUAGACGGAUCUCUCGAAGAAAACAACCCGUUCAGCAUAUUAGAGAUCACAGCCGUUGACGUUGGAGUGGUGGCGAUUAAGGGUCUGUUCUCGGGAAGAUAUCUAGCCAUGAACAAAAAAGGACGCCUAUAUGCAUCGGAUGUGUUCAAUCAGGAGUGUGAGUUCGUGGAGCGAAUCCAUGAGCUGGGCUACAACACCUAUGCCUCCCGGCACUACCGGACGGCGCCACCGUCGCCAAGUGGUGGCAAGCGGCGGGCCAGCGCCGAGAGACUGUGGUACGUGUCCAUCAACGGGAAGGGCCGGCCCAGGAGGGGCUUCAAAACCCGCAGGACGGAGAAGGGAUCCCUCUUUCUGCCCAGACUGCUUGGUAACAAGGACCACGAGAUGGUGCACCAGUUCCGCACCAAUCACAGGUACCGUGAAAACAUCCUGAGACCUGCUGGGCGGGCGGAGCGCAGGAGGCGGAGACACAGAGUCACCGCUGCCAGGGCCAAAGAGCCCGAUGACUGA